UGCACUGUUCCUGGGGGCUUGGUUUGGACGGUCCAAACAGAUGUCUCUCCUCCAGCUGUUCCGGUGACGUCAGAGGAAAGACUCAGAGAGCCGCUAGCUAGCUGGCGUUAGCUCUCCUGAUCUACAGUACAGACUCGCGAACCAUCUAACAUGCAUUGAUCACAAUACAGUCUUUCAGCCAUUCGGAACCCAGAACAGGACGUAUUUAUCAAAACCUGUCCUUUGCGUCUCGUUUCCUCUGUUACUCAGAAGAGUUCCUCUCGACCGCUGGUUCACUGAACCGCAGUUUUCCAACUGUGGAUCCAGAAAAAAGACGGCUAGAAACUGAGACUAUAAACUGAGUCUGGAUUCAAUGAGGGAGCCAGAACGGGAGGAGCAGCUUGACGAGAACAUGCCCCCCAAGUUUAAACGGCACCUCAACGAUGAGGAGGUCACUGGAUCCAUCCGGAGCGAGAGGAGAAACCUGUUAGAGGAAGACUCGGAUGAAGAGGACGACUUUUUCCUGAGAGGACCUUCGGCCCCCAGAUUUGGCCCCCAGAAUGACAAAAUCAAACAGGUGCAGUCCCAGGUGGACGAGGUAAUCGACGUCAUGCAGGAGAACAUCUCCAAGGUGAUCGAGAGGGGAGAGCGACUCGAGGACCUGCAGGACAAAUCAGAAAGCCUUUCAGACAACGCUUCGGCCUUCAGCAGCCGAGCUAAACAGCUGCACAGGAGGAUGUGGUGGAGAGACAUGAAGAUGAAGAUCAUAAUUUCCCUGGUUGUAUUUGCCGUCCUGCUGAUUAUAAUUGUUCCGGUCAUCCUCCGGUAUCACUAGUGUCUGACGACAAGGAUGAUAACCAUCUCUCAUCCUCCCAACUAUCCCUUCUCAUGUGGUCCUCCACGCCAGCUAGAGGGUACCAGCUGACCUCCUACAACAUCCCAACUCCACCCCAAAUCUUUGUCUGUUCCCCACCCCCCUUUCCCCCAAAGCUUUUGCCUAAACUGUCCCACACCGAUGCCUGCAUUGUUCGCAUUUCUAAAGAAAACAACUCAGUUAUCAGUUGUGUAGGAUAGGUGUUUUCAGUUAUGGAUGGAAGACGAGAAUUUAUUUGAUUGGGGCACAGGCGGGAGUUAGUAGGUCGUCAUCUCAUGCCCUCUGGUCCACGCAAAGAGGAAGCCUUUUUAUCUCAUGCGGAUGCAUGAGAUAAACACAGGGCCCUUAGCCUUAUCAAGAAACACACACUCUGGAGCCUGCACAUCACCUUCACUAAUGUUGUCACUGCACAGAGUCCCCCUGCUCUCCUAGUUUAACCGUAUUGUUCUGCAAAGCCCUCCAUAAAUGAAAACCACAGAGGCACUGCAACUUCAUAACAUUUUAUUCAAUGUUUACACACAAUUCCCUAGUGUUAUAGCUGUUUAAGCCUCCGGUUCAACGCACUGUGGAUGAGAAUGUUAAUAUGGGAAGGACUUGGGAAGGAAAGGAACCAGCGGAAAUUCCUGUCUCAUGUCCUCUUUAUGCUGUUUAUCCGUUCAAUAGUAAAAAUGUGUACUUGAAGUAUAGCUUCCUAGUCCCUGGUUUGAUUGUUAAUCGUCAUAGCUGGUUUCAUGCCAAAAUACAUCCCAUAGUAUGAGCGUUGUCUGUAUUUUUAUUUAUUAUUUAUCUUUAUUUGAGCACCCUAAACCUCUGAACCCUAGACCCACUGCAACCCAGGUCCCUGGGUCGUACUAAAAACCACUGUCCUGGGAUCCUGCUGGCUCCUUGAGACGCCGCUCUUGAUCUUUCCACAUGGUUCUGUUUGAGCGGAUGUUAUAUUACUGUUGUAGUUUUGAUUCAUUGUUCGUAGUGUUAUUUAAAAAAAAUUUUGCACUCAGUAUUUCAUUUUUGCUGGCAGAAUAUUGCCACUGCUCAGUAGGAAUGUCUCGUAUCGCCAUUGCGACGAAUGGCAGUGUUUGUAUUGGUGCCCUGCCACAGACAGCAUUGGACGGAGGUUUAGAAUUGCAGAUUUGAACAUCUUUCUAACGAGCAGCAACCAUACACAGUCAUUCCUUUUAAAAUAUUUGUGUUCUCGUUUACUUCUAAUUUAUUUAAAGUGUAAAUACCUAUUUAAUUUUAACAAUGUAAAAUUUUCUGGCACUGCAAUGGAAGACUGAUUUAUUGUUCUGUUUUGCUCUGAAAUAAAAAUCAAUAUAACGGGCA